AACGUUGAACGUAUUUUAGGGUGGUGAGAGGCAGUUCAACGGCAUGGUAGAUGUGUACAGAAAGACCUUCGCCUCUGACGGAAUCGGAGGUCUGUACCGAGGCUUCGUGAUUUCAUGUGUAGGAAUCUUCGUUUACAGAGGAUUCUACUUCGGAAUGUACGAUACCCUGAAGCCCAUCUUCCUGGGAGAGAAUGCCAACCUGUUCCUGUCAUUCUGUCUGGGAUACGGAGUCACAGUUACUGCCGGACUCAUCUCAUACCCCAUCGAUACCAUCAGAAGGCGAAUGAUGAUGACAUCAGGACAAGCUGUGAAAUACAAGGGAGCCAUCGACUGUGCCAUGGUGAUCAUGAAGAAUGAGGGAUUCAUGUCGAUGAUGAAGGGAGCCGGAGCUAAUAUCCUGCGAGGAGUAGCGGGUGCUGGUGUGUUGGCUGGAUUCGAUAAGUUCAAGCAGGUCUACAUGGUCUGGCGAUUCGGAAACUAGACUAGAGAAGCCUUCCCCGCAUCCACACAAACUGGAAAUAGCACAUCGUUUAUAUCAAUAAUGAAAAUUAACUGAGGACCAUACAGAACUAUGUACAGCAGCUAACAAUAUGAACAUUUUUGAUAGUGUAAACAUAUUGAGUGCGCUUAAUUUCCACUAUGUACCAGACCAGACGGGAUAAAUUCAACUAAACAUGUCUAAAUUCAAUAUACUUACACCAA